AUGCCUUCACAGCAUGCAUUAUGGUGGUUUGUAUGUUGAUUUUUUUGGAAAAUUUAAAAAAAAGGAAAUUUAACAAAAAAACAAUGUAAUUCUGAAUAUUUAACGACAAUUCUUCGAUGUUUUCACGUGUAAAAGUGUCUAUAUCCUAAAAAAAGUUUCAUUAAUCAAAAAAAUUAUGUUAAAAAAAGAUUAUUUUAGUAGUAAACGAUACAAGGAUUAAAAAGAAAAAAAUCAAAAAGAAGGAAUUGUAAAAAAACAAGGUAUUUUUUUUGAAUUUUAAAACCAUUCUUUUUUUCAAAUUUCCGCGUGUAAACGUUUCGAGAAAAAUUUAUAUCCAAAAAAAUCGUUUUUUUAAAAUUCUUUUGAAUCAAAAAAAUUAAGUUUGAAGAGAUUAUUUUUGAUAAGUGAAAAAAAAUAAAGAAGUCGCAAAAAAACAGUGAAUUUUUUUAAAUUUUAAAACCAUUCUCCCACAAUUUUUUUGUGUAUAAAAGUGCAGAUAAGAUUGAAAAAAAUCGAAUUUUUUUAUGCUUUCAUGACCAAGAUAAUAUUCUAAAAGCUUAUUUUACUAGUAAACGAUAGAAGGAUAAAAAAAGCAAACUUCAACAAAAAGAAAUAGAGAUUAUUUUUGAAUUUUGAAACCCCUCUCCUACGAAAUUUCGGCUGUAAUUUUGUCGAUGAAGUUCAUAUUCAAAAAAAUUUUUUUCUUCCAAUCUUUUAAUCAAAAAAAUAAAUUGAUUAGGCUUAUUUUUUUAGUACGCCGAAAUGGUAGAAUGGGACUAUUGGGCGGUGGAGGAUUGGAAAAGGCGAAGACAAUUUUAAAGAUAGCGAUGCCCUCGCUGCCGACCGCGUUCAACAACAGGUUUCAUACAGCUUUCAGAAGGAAUUUUCAGAAAAAUGCUUUUUGGAAACGUUUUUUACAUGAACUAUGGAGCCAUUAAACUACAAAGUACUAAAUUUUCAUCGCAAUAAAGUGAAAAAUAUCAAAAAGAAGGCUUUUUCGAGCCAGAAAGUCCAAAAAUCUCGGUAAAGUUGUAAGCUUUUUCCUAAUAUUUUUUUCAACUAAAAAAACUAAAAACAAGUCAAAAAAACCUUCUUGAUGUGAAAAAAAUUGAAGUUUCAACCAAAAAGGUCAUGAUAAACAGUGCAUUUAUGGGGAAAAAAAUACUAUUUCUGGGAAAAAUUUUUAAGUGGCCCCUAUAGAGGCUCGCCAAAGACUACUUGGAGAGGACUCUAAAAGGGCCACUAAACCAACCUCUAUGGUGGCUACUAUUUUCGUUUAAGUGGCCACUUCAGUAGUUUUUCAGUAUUCCUUCCAGCAACUCUGAUAAUUUUAAAACAAAUAGAUUAUUUUUAUUUUGAUCCACUGACCCCUAAAGUGGCCACUAAAAUUUUUAGUGGUCUGGUAGAGUAGCACUUAGACCUCCAUAGUGGCCACUAAUUUUCAACCCCUUAAGUGGUCACUAAUUUGACUACUAUAGUGGCCACUAAAACGUCAAACUCUAUAGUGGCCACUACAAAUUUUCACAGUUUCAUUAAAAUCAACUUUUGAAUGUCUCAGAACGAGGAAAAAGCCAAAACUUCCAGGAAAUGAGAAAAAGGAUGUCUCGAGAGUCGAUGAAAGAAGUAUCGCUGGUCGAUUCUCAAUGGUCGAAGGAGGAGAAACCCUCGGCCGAGAAUCUCCAAGCCAACACGGCCAUUUCCGACACCCGACUCAACACAAGGUCGACGAUAACCGCGCCGGCGCCGUCGACGCUUCUUCAGAAUCGCGCUUCUCAACCGUCUUGCGGCGAGACUGCCACGGAGCCCCUCAUCAGCAGAAUGGUCAGUUUCAGCCUUUUCGAGAAGAACUCCAUAUCGUCACAGGAAUUUUGCGAACCGAGUGUUCGAAAAUCCAUCGGAAAAGAAGAAAUCAAAAUGGAUCUCGCAAAAAAAAAAUAAGAGUUUUUUGUCACUCACAAGGACUGCCAUUUACUUGGCGGUUGGGAUUUUUCUGAGAAUUGGCUAUAAAACUCCAUAAUGUGCCAGAAAAAAGAUUCUCGAAGCCUCAACCUGCACAAAUUUCUACUUUCCGAGAAAGUACGCUGCAAUUUCAAAGAAAACGCUCGAAAUCUAUUAAAAUGAAGUGUUUUGGGGCUUUAGACCUUUAUUUCUUGAGAACUAGGAAGUUGUGCAGGUUGAGAAUUUCAGAGUAUUCGUCUGGUACAUCUAGAAGCGUUCUGGCCAAUUUUCAGGAAGUUUCCAACCGUAAAGAAAAAUUACUUUCCCUGUCAGGAUCUUUUUUUGACAUAUUAUAUUCAAAACUUGCAAUUGCGGUUUGAACCAACGUAAAUGCACUUGAAUGAUAAAUAAAUAUGAUUGAACAUUUUGCAGAACCAACAGAAAAAGGCAACUCGGUCGGUGUACAGCGAAAACGGGAAGGUAAUUUUAAAAAGUUCAACCAAAGCAUUUUCUUCAAAUUUUCCAGGUUACGCGACAAAAAGAGCAAAAAUUGAAGAGUAUACAAAAGAAACCACGCGCCUCGAGUACCAGAUCCAAAGCCUUCGAUAAACAAAAAAACCGAUUUCGAGGUGGUCUUUUUUUAAACAUAUUAUAGACCGAAUUUUUUUACAUUUUUUUCAAAGUUUUUUUAACAUUUUUUUCCGUUGAAAAUUCUAUCAUUUUACCAUUCGAAAAAAAUCCAAAAAAAAAAUUCAAGGUUUUUUUUCUCAAGAACAACAUGAAAAUGGAUUUUUUAAAAUUUUUUCGCGGUUCUGAAUUUUUUUUUUCUUGCAAUUUUUACCGUGUUCAAAGUAUAUUCCGCGAAAUGCAAAAUGAUCUCUGUAUCUCCAAAAUUUCGUUAUCUUUUUCUUUCUCUGACGGCUAUUUUGAAUUUUGCGGAAUCAUUUUGAACACGACACUACGUAGUAUUUUGCGUUAUCGCUUCAAAUUUAAAGCGUUCUACAGAAAAAAUUUCUUUAUUUUCACUGAAUUUCUCUGAUACCUCUAUUUUCGUAUUAAAUGAGCAUAUUGGAUUCAGGUACAGUUAUUAAAAUUUUUUUAGGAAGAAAAUUUUACUUUCAUUAGCUAUAAAAGGCAUUUUAAUGAGAAUUUUGGAAUAUACUAUAAAUAUCGCAAAAAAAUCUUUUUGUUGGUCAAAAAGCAGAGAAUCGCGUUCUUUUUCGACUUUUCAGUAUUCAUACCAAACCAGAAACAGGCAAGACACAAAAAAAUCUCAAAAUUUUUCCCUGAAUUUUUUUUCGAAAAAUCUUUUUUUUCAUUUCUAAUAUGAAUAAUGAUUUCAAAAAAAGAUGAUGAACAUUUUUUUUCUUUGAAAAAUAAUCUAAUUCAGUGAUACUUUACAGUCAUUUUUAUGGCUAUGAAAUUUCCCAAAAACUUUGUCUUUUUUUAAAAUUUUUUUGAAGUAAAAACGUUUUUUUCCGACUUUCAUGUGCUUAAACUACAUCAGAAAAAAAGGAUCGACCCAUAAAAAUCUCAAAAAUGAUCAGAAUACGAUUUUUUUAAAUUGACAGAGUCUUAGACUGAAUUUACAAAAAAACUCGGGGAAACUUUUCUAAAAAAACGGAAGUUUAGCAGGGCGAAGAGUUCCCGGCGAACCCGAAACUGCCCCGCCCGCCGCCCACCUACCACGAGGAAGCCCUUCGGGAACAGGACAAACUAUUGUCCGACGACGAAACAAUUUCAUAG